AUGAUCAAAAGUGAAGGACCUUAUGGACCUAUCUCGACUAAUUUCCUAAGGCAUGACAUCUUAGUGAUGGUGAGCGGAGGAAGCGGGAUCACACCGUUUAUCUCAAUAUUUAGGGAGCUUUUUUUCACAGUUGAAACCUUAAAAUGUAAGACACCAAAGAUACUCAUGAUAAGUGUCUUUAAAGACUCUUUCGAUCUCAUAAUGUUAGAAUUGUUCUUACCGACAUCUGGUGCACCUAUGGAUUUUUCAAAACUAGAAAUACAAAUUGAGGCCUAUGUGACAAGAGAAAAGCAACCAACGAUUGAUGAUAAGAAACAGCAUGUAGUUUGGGUUUUUGGUGGAACAAGGAAAAAAAUGCAAUAG